AUGGCGGUCCCCGUGGCGAGCCUGGGCGUGGCGUUCCUGAUGGAGGUGCCGAAAAGCGCUGGCGGCCGCAAGAAACUGCAGAUGGCGUCGCCCGUAGAAGGGAGCCCGUGGAUGGAACGGGAGGCCCUCUCUGCGCUCCGACCCCCUGGGGGGCCCAGCGCUGGAGGCCCAGAUGCCGGAACGCUGCCCGUGGAGGUGGUCACGGCCGGCAGAUCGGGGCUGGAGAAGGAAUUUGCUUCUCCUCCAACCACCCGUAUAAUCACCACCAUCACCGAUGCUCCGGGUGGUGGUUGGGAACGCAGCACAAAGAAAAUAGACACGGAGAUCUACCCAUCUCCCGCCCUCUUCCUGCCCCUGCUUCCCUCAGCCACAAGGGCCAUGCAGGACCCCAGUUGGGCUGCCAGCGCCCGCUGCCGCCUGAGAGCCCCGCGCCCGCGCCUCACUCCGCGCACCGUGGCGGCGCCCCCGGGCCAUCCUGCCAGCCCCGACGGGAUGCCUGCAGCCAUGCUUCCCUACGCUUGCAUCCUGGUGCUUCUGGGAGCCUGCACGGUAGAGGCGUCCAGGACAGUGAGCGGUGGCCACCUGCGCUGGGCGCCGCCUUGCCAGCAGCCCCUGACCCACAGAGCGCCCGGGACUGCGCUGCUGCCCCCGCGCCUCGAGGGACCCUGGAUCUCCACUGGCUGCGAGGUGCGCCCGGGGCCCGAGUUCCUCACCCGAUCCUACACCUUCUUCCCCGGCCGCCUCUUCCGAGCCUACCAGUUCUACUACAGGGACCCCCUCUGCCGGGAGCCCGCCCACUCGCUGGUCAUCAAGGGCAAGGUCCGCCUGCGCAGGGCCUCCUGGGUCACCCAGGGCGCCACUGAGGCCGACUACCACCUGCACAAGGCGGGCAUCGUCUUCCACAGCCGCCACGCCCUGCUCGACAUCACUGGGCGCCUCAACCGGACCCAGGCAGGCCGGGACUGCGCCCGGCGGCUGCCCCCGGCCCGGGACUGGAUGCCCGGGGCUCUUUAUGAGCUGCUGAGCGCCCGGGCCGAGAGGAACUGCAUGGCUGCACUGGGCUUCACCAUGCACGAGCUCAGCCUGGUGCGCGUGCAGCGCCGCCUGCAGCCGCAGCCCCGGGCCGCGCCCCGGCUGGUGGAGGAGCUGUACCUGGGGGACAUCCACACUGACCAGGCAGAGAGGCGGCACUACCGGCCCACCGGCUACCAGCGCCCGCUGCAGAGUGCCCUGCACUACGCCCGCCCCUGCCCGGCCUGUGGCCUCAUCGCCCGCUCCGACGAGCACCACCCGCCCGUGCUGCCCGCGCAGGCGGCGCCACCCCUGCAGCUCAGCGGCCGCUGGGUCAGCCCCGGGUGCGAGGUGCGCCCCGCCGUCCUCUUCCUCACACGGCUCUUCACCUUCCACGCGCACAACCGCUCCUGGGAAGGGUGUUACCGCCACUUCUCGGACCCCGCCUGCCGGCAGCCCACCUUCACCAUCCACGCGGCCGGCUGCUACACCGGGGGCACGCCGUCCACCAAGGUCCUCGGCGGCACGGAGCUGGUGUUCCAGGUCACGAGGGCGCGCGUGACCCCCAUGGACCCGGUCACUACGGCCAUGCUCAACUCCUCCGAGCCGAGCAGCUGCGGGGGCCCGGGGGCCUGGUCCCUGGGAGCCGAGCGGGAUGUCACGGCCACCAACGGCUGCCUGCCUCUGGGCAUCCGGCUGCCCCACGUGGAGUAUGAACUUUUCCGGAUGGAGCGGGACCCCCUCGGGCAAAGCCUGCUCUUCAUCGGACAACGGCCCACCGACGGGUCCAGCCCGGACACCCCCGAGAAGCGCCCCACGUCUUACCAGGCGCCCCUGGUGCUCUGUGGCAGGGCGGCCCGGGACUCGGCCUGGGCCCCGCAGCGCAGGCCCCUGCGGCAGACGCCCCUCCGCGGUGGGGGGCGGCGUCCUCGAGGGGCCCCUGUCCUCCUCCUGCUCCUCGUCCUCGGCCUGGCCUUCCUCCGCUGGCUAUGA